UCUGAGGCACAGGCUCGGCGCUUUCGGAUCUUGCAGCGGCUGGAAUUAACUUCACCCCCCCCCCCCAGUUCGUUUUGUUUUUGUGCGGGCGGCUGUCGCCCUGUGCUCCGGUGUCACGGGAUAGCGCAGGCUGCAUGGAGGGAUGUCGGCAUGGCUUGCACCAGGAGAACCAAAACUUUGGUGUCCACAUGCGUGAUCCUGAGCGGCAUGACCAACAUCGUGUGCCUGCUCUAUGUGGGAUGGGUAACUAAUUACAUCGCCAACAUUUACAUCAAAGUGCCAAUGCCUCUGCCGGAGAGAAAGUUGGAGGGGGACAAACGAGGGGACACUCUCCGGAUCAUGGAGAGGCUCGAUCGGCUGGAGAAUGUGGUCAACCAGCACAUACAAGAGACUCCAGGGAGGGGAGAGGAAAGUCAGGCGGACAAGUCCUUCUCUGAUUCGUCGCUGUUCGCUCACUGGGGUCAGGAUCUGAGUCCGGAGAACCGGCGAGUGGCGCUGAAGAUGUUCCAGUACUACGGCUACAACGGCUACCUCAGUGAUCGUCUCUCUUUAGACAGGCCGACAUCUGACCUGAGGCCUGAAGGGUGCAGAAACCUCACUUAUCCUUUAAACCUUCCUCAAGUGAGCAUAGUGUUCAUUUUUGUGAACGAAGCCUUGUCUGUCCUCCUGCGGUCCAUUCACUCUGCCAUCAACAGGACGCCUUCCCAUCUUCUUAAAGAGAUCAUCCUGGUGGAUGACAACAGCAGUAACGAUGAGCUGAAAGAGAAGCUGCAGGAUUUUGUUUCUGAAACAAACAGCCAGCAUCCAGGAUUCAUUAAGAUGGUGCGGCAUGCCAAGCAGGAGGGUCUGAUCCGGUCCAGAGUGAGCGGGUGGAGGGCCGCCACCGCCCCGGUCGUUGCCCUGUUCGAUGCCCACGUCGAGUUCAACGUCGGCUGGGCCGAACCCAUAUUGCAGAGAAUUCAAGAAGACAGAACCCGAAUCAUCUCGCCAUCGUUUGACAACAUCAAGUACGACACCUUUGAGAUAGAUGAGUAUCCGCUGUCUGCCCAGGGCUUUGACUGGGAGCUGUGGUGUCGCUACCUCAACCCACCCAAGUCCUGGUGGCACAAGGACAACAAGACUGCACCGAUACAGAGCCCGGCCCUGAUUGGCUGCUUCGUGGUGGAUAGGCUGUACUUUGAGGAGAUUGGUCUGCUGGAUGAGGGCAUGGAGGUGUACGGGGGAGAAAAUGUGGAGCUUGGCAUCCGGGUGAGUAAUAAUACCCUGUCUGGUAUCCUUGACAAAUCUUUUCUCUGUGUUUGUGAUGUUUAAUAAACUCAGGUGUGGCAGUGUGGCGGCAGCGUGGAGGUCCUGCCCUGCGCUCGCAUCGCCCACAUCGAGCGCGCUCACAAACCCUACACGGAGGACCUGACGUCUCACGUGCGGCGAAACGCUCUCAGAGUUGCCGAGGUUUGGAUGGAUGAGUUUAAAAGCCACGUGUACAUGGCCUGGAAUAUUCCCGUGGAGGAUUCAGGGAUUGAUAUCGGCGACAUCUCUGAGAGGAAGGCCCUGAGGAAGAGGCUGCAGUGUAAAACCUUCCGAUGGUACCUGGUCAACAUCUACCCCGAGAUGAGGAUGUACAGCGACACCAUCGCAUACGGAGCACUGAAAAACUCUCUGAAGAAUGAUCUGUGUCUGGACCAGGGACCUGACAACGACAAUGUUCCCAUCCUUUAUCUCUGUCACGGGAUGACGCCUCAGAAUGUUUACUACACCAGUACCCAGCAGCUGCAGGUCGGGCUCCUCAGUCCCACUGUGGACGAUGACGACAACAAGUGCCUGGUGGACGUGAACGGCCGACCUCGCCUCAUCGAGUGUAGCUACGCCACGGCCAAACGCAUGAAGCUCCACUGGCUCUUCACUCAGGGAGGAUCCAUUCAGAACAGGAAAUCGAAGAGAUGCCUGGAGCUGGUAGCGAGCAGCGACAAUGAGUUCGGCUACCAACUGGCUCUGCAGAAAUGCUCUGGACAGAAGUGGUCCAUCACAAACGUUCUGUUUAGCAGCUUAUUAUGAUGGACUGCUGAAAGGAACUUCUGACCUAAUAGCACAUCGUUUUUUGGGGGGAUUUGUGCACAUGUGUAUCCGCGUGGCCGCGUGUGUGACUGGUGCAUGGUUGAGCAUGUUUUUUUUUAGCACUUUUUGAGCAGUCGACAUCACAUCACAAAUGUUAAACCUUUUAUUUUGCCUACAGGAUCCGCCCUCGUUGGUGGACAUUUUGCAGAUUUGACGAGGUAGUAUAUUGAGUAUAUUUUGUGGUAAGAAAAGUAUAGUCAGAUUUUUGUUGACUUGAAAGACGUAAUGGGUUCAGUAUGUUUUUGUACUUUGUUCAUAUUUGCUACUGUGUAGCAAGUUCUCUGAGCCUGUCCCUGCUGUAAUUAUGUUCUUCUUUUAGUGUCUCAGGUUUGUAGGUUUAUUAUGAGAUUCAUCUGAACAGUUGUGGAAAAACGUUGGAAUAAAUCUGAAAACAUGAGAUAAUUUUCUAAAUGUAAAUAUUUCAAAUGUUUGUCAUAUAAAACAGUAAAUUGAUGAUUACUGAUGUAAACUACUUAGUGCAAGUGCUUCUUUUCUUUUUCUUUUAAGGCACAAUUUAUUAUUCACACAUUGAUAAAAGACGUUACCUUGGAAUUGAAUCUGGAAGGACUGGAAUCUGUCGCCGCUUUC